GAAAAAAUGACGUAGCUAGCUGAGUCUGCGCGACGCGGGGGAUCUCUCUGACUGUACGAAGUUUUCGGACAUGAAACCGAGGGCGUAUUCGUCCAUUUGGCGAUAAUUACGGCAACGCCGAAAGGUUUAUGUAGGGGUCUGUGUAUUUGGGGAGUAAGAGAUUUGUGUGACGGAAGAUGUCUGGCUAUCCCUAUUCAUAUGGUGGGUCAGCAGGGGGCUCAGUGCGCUUUAAGAAAAGGAAGUCACGCUUCACCUUCCCUGAAGUCCAGCUGCUGCUGACUGAGGUCAAGAAAAAUCGCCACAUACUGGUUGGUAAAUUUAACCAGGGUGUCUCAGGUGAUGUGAAGAAGCGAACAUGGGCCACCUUGACGGCUCGCAUUAACGAGAUCAGCGAGUGUCACAGGGAGAUCAUUGAAAUUAUUAAGAAGUGGUCAGACCUCAAAUGUGACACCAAGCGCAAAGUUGCAGCCAUGAGGGCUUCUGGGUUUUCAGCUGCCCGCAUUGCCCAGGACCUUUCGCCUAUUGAGUCCAUGGUGCAUCAGAUCCUGCAGAUGCCCCCACCUGCAGAUAAAUUCGCACUCAUGGCAGACCACCUCCCAGAUGAAGAUGAGGACAGUCAAGGCGCCCUCGGGAUGUCACAGGACUCCCCUAGCGUGGCAAACGGCAGGCUGCCAGUCCAGCCACUGGGCAUACCUGUUCUACCUCCACCCCCACUGCCCCUGGAUGUAAUGUACAGUAAUGACUCUGCAGUGCCCCUUACUGACUUCCCAUUUGAACCAUCAGGUACAGAAGACCAAAGCCAAUUCAGUGAAGCUGGACGCCAAUCUGAUGGAAGUGCCACUUUUCAUGAACCCUCUAGUGCUGACAGGGAAUGCAUCAGAACUGAAUCCCAGCAGCAGGCCUCCAGCAACAGUGCAACUCAAGCAGGAACCUCUUCCCACAUAGCGCCACCUUGCCCGCCACCCCGACCAGCCUCAGUGGGCCCGGGCAGCCUGCAAGAGCACCUGGCCAAGAGUGCCUCUCUCAGCCUGCAGGAGCAACAGGCCACCACUGUGCUGAUGGGGACGCUGUCCCGAUCCCUUGAGUCACUGUCCGAGUCGGUGCAACGGCUAGUGCAGACGCAGCAGCAGUUUGCCAGGGACACUCUGCGUCUGCAGCGAGACACACUACAUGUGCUGCGUGACUUUUCCACCACCACCCUGGCACUGCUGCAGGACAAAGACAAGGCCAACGGCCGGCCUUAAGACCUUCCCUUUGUCUCACUUGAUGUGGUCUACCAGUACCCACCCUAGCAGUGAGCUAUGUGCCUCAUGAGCUGUAGAGAAAGGGGGGUCACCAAUGAACUAAAGCCCGCAGCGCACCAAUCCAACAUUCCUUAAAACCAGGUUUGCACCAGGUUUGCGUAGGUUUAUACUUAAGUUUGGGCAUAACGUCUUUACUAAGUGCUUAGUUAACACUAGUUAGUUUCCAACUUCCUUUUACUACAUUUGGUUGCGCCGCAAAUCUGUAAGUCGUGUCUUAACUAGUAACAACUAACUAGCGCGUACAUCACUUUAACAUGACAAUAACAUGUUCAGAACAUGUUAUCGUCAUGUUCAUCAUGACGAAAACAUGUUCAUCAGUAAACCUGCUGCCAUUUGGAAAAAAUAUCCAGCAUAGAAGAGAACAAUGUGUACAAGUUAAGCUGAAUAAAAUUGUCUGUAGCCACUGUCUGUUUAUAUUUAAUAUUUCCCUGAGAAAAACAAAUAUGCAGCUUUUUAAAUGAUGGCUUCUGGAAAACCAACACAACAGCAGCCCCAGUUUAGCCGUUUGGGCAGCUGCUGAGUCUCACUGAGCUGGAGCUGUGGGUGUUUAGCUUCACGCUCUGUGUUAAAACAAGGCUGACGAUUAGAGCUGUAAGUAAAAUCACAGCAUAUAGAGUUUAGAAUUAUUAGCUUAGUUAACCAAAAAAAGUCAUGUUCUUGGUCUUUUUUGUACUUUCUACAUGGUUUCUGAUGGUUUCCUCAAAACCUACACCUGCUCAGAGAGAGGUGUAAAUAAGUAGUAACUACUAAGCUCAACGUUAAAACUAGUUUGUGUGGUGCAACCCGUUCUGAUUUAGUAAGACAUAAAUCUGAACUUAGUAAACACUUACGUUACAACUAGCCUGUGUUUCAACUUACGCACUGCUGGUGCACCCGGCCACAUGGGCACUUCCGUUCCCAAAAACACCAGCAAGCCCAAAUGCGGGUGUACUAUAGCUGUUUGUGAUUGUUGGGAGAAUCUAGAAUGUUCUUCUCUUUUCAGACUGUUCUAGAAUGUUCUCACACUGGUCCAUUUGAGUAAUUGGUUCCUUUUUUUCAAACUCUCUAAAACAACCGCCAACGUUAGAAUGUUGGGCUGUGACUGAAAUAGAUCAAUACUCCCUCGUUAGUAUAGAACUAUACGGGCAAGAACUAUUUGUACUAAAUAGAGAUUCAGAAGCAUGAAUCACCAGCACCUAAACAUAAACAAACCGACAUGUGUGGCAUGUGAGGCUGAAGUUGGCUUCUUAUUCGUAGCCUUAGACAUGAGUGUAACAUUUGGAAAAGUGCAGAGACAAGGAAAAAGCAAAAAAAUUAUAACUAGGCUAUACAUUUAAUAUUUGAUCCAUGACUGCAGCCACCUGCAGCUACCAGACUGUUUGGUGAGCAACGUAACAGUCUUUAUCACUGUUUUUUACAGUGUUUCUACAGAGAGUUGAGAGUGUCUGAUAGGUUUUGUUUUCAGACCACCUUUAACAAGAGAGUCGCAGUGCACUUUGGUCCACAUUCAGCUAAUGUAGUGGUGUAUGGUAUUCACUAGAAAAUAUAAGAAAUGAUGCCCCCAUAAUUACUCUGGAAAUCCAUUUCCAAUUCUGACACUAAGAGAAAAAUGGCCAGUGUGAUCGAGUCACAGCCACUGAUAUUCUACUGUUGGCAGUCAACUUACAUGUUCCAGAAUAAGAACUGAAAAAACGGUCUGAAUGGAGGAGAACAUUCUAGAAUAGUGUGAAUGUGGGAGAACCUUCUAGACCAUUCACACAAUGAUAUGGCACACCAAACAUUUGGAUCUGUUGGUGUUUGUUGGGCAGUGUUGAGUCAGUGUGCUCUGGGCUUGAGUUCUAUGCCUCAGGAGGAUGUUCUGCUGUAGUGUCAUGAAACUUCCCUUGUAGGAAUUGAUUCCUACAUGCACUAAACCCUGCUUACUCUGUUCAGGAGCCUUUCAGAAUGAAACCUCUCAUAUCUCCAAAUACCAGAAAUUGAAGCGUGAGAGGACACGUCAAGGAUAUUGUAUGGAAAAGUAGCAUUAGUAGAAGAAGCUGUUAUUCAUAUUAAUAAUUGUUUAUUACAGGUGGCUCUGUGGUUCUUGUUAUUGACUGUUUGGACAAGUGAAUUAACACGGUUACUUUAAAUCGACAAAGCUUUAUUUAAUGAUGCAAUUGUAAUGUAAUUAAGCUAAUUUAAGAAUACUACAAUGGUUGUAAAUUAUGAGAGUGAUAUCUUUAUCUGAAGUGCUCAGCUUGCAGUACUAUGAAAUAGUCACCAUGUGGACCAUACUGUCUAGAUUGGAUUUUUUUUCUUUCUUUCUUUAUGUGCCAGUUCUCUGGUUUGUCAGAGUAAAACCUUUUCAACACUUUCUUCCUGACCCAAAGGUUAUGAUUCAGAUUUUAAAGAAAUGUUUGGACUUUAUGUGGAGCACUGGGUUUUUACUAAGUGUGUGGCUCCUUUAACUCUUACCUUGGUUUUUCUAAUUACCUUUUAACUAGUCGUUACAGUAACGAUUGUUACUGGCUGGUUGAUUUGUUUCAUGUUGCCUUUCCUGUUAGAUUAUUGUAUAAUUCUUGAAAAUGUCCAAGAAGGAUAUCUUUGAUACAACUUUCAUGGAGUCUUUCUUGGCUGCUCUUCCAAUAAUUUAAAAACACUGUUAAAGAUGUUCCUGCUGUGACAGCUACUGUAAAGAUUGGAACAGAUGAAAAUAAACAUCUUGUUAC